GCAGAGGGUGGUGGUGUGGUCUGGCCGCGCGGGAAGCGGAGGGAGGCGCGAGCGGGACAGCCGCGGUCGGGGUGAGGGGCCCUCUCCCGGCCUGGGCCCUGGGGCCGCGCUUGGGGGCGGCUGCGGACGCUGAGCCCCGCGGAGGCUGCGCGCCGGGUGCCAGCGACCCGCUCAGGGAGAGGAGCCGGCCGCAGCCAUGGCGCAGAAGAGGCGCAGUAAGGGGCCGGGCCCCGCCCAGGGGGAAGACGCGGCCGCGGACGAGGACUCUGGGCCGACCCAGGGCGCCAGCCAGGUGCAGCGGAGCUUGGAGAGACUCUCGCCGGCUCAAGUGGAUCAGAAGGUGAGCGAAUUGGUGCAAUACCUGCUGGUCAAGGAUCAGAAGAAAAUCCCCAUCAAACGGGCAGAUAUCCUGAAGAAUGUCAUCAAAGACUACAAAAGCGUCUAUUCUGAGAUCAUUAAGAGAGCCGGCAGGAACCUCCAGCAGGUUUUUGGGAUGCAGCUGGUGGAGAUAGAUGCCAAGAAUCACAUCUACAUCCUGGUCAGCAACCUGCCACGCCUGGAAGGGGAGAACUUGAAACAGGAUGAUUGCACAGCAAAGCUGGGCCUCCUCACUGUCAUCCUCAGCUUCCUCUUCAUGAAGGGCAAUGCUGCCAAAGAAUCUGCUGUGUGGGAGAUGUUGAGGAGACUGCGAGUUGACCCUGGAGUGAGACACGAGGUUUUUGCGGAUGUCAAGAAGUUGGUGACUGAGGAAUUUGUCCGCCAAAAGUACCUGGAAUACAACCGCAUACCCCACACAGAUCCACCCGAGUUUGAGUUCCAGUGGGGGGCACGGGCUGCCAGGGAGACCUCCAAGAUGCAGAUCCUGCGCUUUGUCGCCAAGAUCCAGAGCAAGGAUCCCAAGGCCUGGAGCACCCAGUACAAUGAGGCGGCAGCUGAGGAGGCAGCUGUGGGUGGCCUGUCCCAAGAUACUAGCACCCCUGAAGAUACUGGUGGGGCCAGCCAGGGGGCACGGAGGAGGAACUGGUGAAUCUUAUCCACUUCAUCCACAGGUGGUCUGCCCAAUGGUGCCUUGUGAACCAGCAGACCCUAGGAGCAGGGGAGCUGUGGCCUCUGUCCAUGCUGAGCCUAGCAUCAAGCACCCAAGGGUCCACUGUGGCAGCUGCCUCUGCCCUCCUGAUCUCAGCCCACCUGCCUCAUUUAGGCAUGGCCUAUGGACAAAUGGGUUGUACAGUGCAGUUUGAUUGUUGUAUAUUGAUUAGCUCAGCUGCAGAGACCCCUCCUCACCAUUCGGGAGAGGGGCAUGGUCAGCUUGUGGGAACCCCUCCCUUCUGAGUUGCCAUGGAGUGGGUUUCCUCCACACACACAAGCUGGGUCAGAGCUGGGCACUGACAUGACCUCUGACCCUUGUGAUCCACCCAUGACGCUUUCAAAUAAAGUCCCCUUAGGGCAGUAUGCAAUUCUCUGCAGUGGGAUUUUAACUACAGGGGAUGAGUUUCUGGAGGCCAAAAGCACACUAAGCUCUUGCCUGCUGCCCAUGUGAAAGGGUGCUUGUUUGUGGGAGGGGGCCUAGAUGAGUGUCCCCAGGAAGAAGCUCCAGGCACACCUCCAGACACACCUUGUAAGAGGGUUGGAGUACAGCAAACAGUGUGCUGUAGCAGCCCCCCUAAGCAGUGCUGGUUCUGGUGGCAGAUGAUGGUCCUGGGUAUGUUACCUGACAGCCAGGGCUGUGUCUGCAGCUGCUGCAUUCCUCCCUGCAUGCAGCUCCCCCCAGUGACAAUCAUGUUGCCUUGCUGUGCAGUUACACUUGGGACAGCUCUCCCUGUGUCGCUGAGUGAUCACCUCAGGCAGCGUUGUGUACGCUCAGGACGUAUCACCCCCUUGCCAAGUGAUCAGCUCAGGCUCUCUGCAGACCUAGGCAGCAUCACUCAUGCUCAGGGCAGCUCCCCCCCUCACUGAACGAUUGGCUCAGGCUUGCUGCAGGCUAGAAACUGAAAGGUAAACUCAUGCAGCAAUCUGACUUCAGGAGCCAGGGCUUGAGGCCCCAGUCUAGCUUCACAAUCCCUGUGAGGAGAACAGCACUGACCCUGCAGCCACAGUGAAGGAGAGAGCCUGCUUUAAAGGGCAUAUGCUUCUUUGACAUUCUGCAACAAGACCCAGGAGGCACAGGGUUACACCCACCUCAUUGGCCAGAGCUGUGCCCAAUCCCAUGGCUUUGAGGGGGGUGUCCCUUUUGUGCCUCAGUUUCCUCUCCCCACCUAGCAGACCAUGUUUUCUAGGGUAGGGACUGUCUUUCAUUAGGGCUGUGUGACACCAAGCAUGCCAGGAGUCCUGGUCUCAGGCAUGGGGUGUCUGAUGGCCCCUUGAUUUCAGGUGGGGUGUCAGGUGCACCCCCAGUUUAUAAUCUAGGGUUCCCAUGGAUGUUAAUGGGGUUAGCACAGAUGCCACACAAAGUUUUAUGGCAGUGCAGUGAGGGUGUUUAACUGCUGGCAGGAAGGAGCAUAGCUUGGAUAAGCAGGGGUUGGGGGGUGGGGGGGAAAUGUCUUUACCUGCACCCCAAGCUGUGAGGAAGGUGCCAGGCCAAGAUCUAAGUGGGGCCAUUUGGUGGACUCCUGGAUAGCCAGAGGGUAAAUCCGGUAGCAAGAUCGUUUGAAAGACAAAGAACCAUCAUUGAACUGGGAGGUUUGGUCCUAACUGGAUGGACUGCUGAAAGUUUGGGGGUGAGAGAUACCUUUGUCUUUCAAAUCCUAUUUAGCUUGGUAACACUUUUGUAACCAGUUCACUUAUUACUUGUCACUUAACAGCUAUUGUUCUCUGGUUAAUAAACUUGUUUUAGUGGUUUCAUUAAA